AUGGCAUUGAAAAAGAAAAUCACCAAAAUCACGAAGGAUGAUCAGACAUCUCGUAGGAAAAGAACCAAAGGCCUGUUCAGCAAGUCGCACGAGCUGGGUAUACGGCCAAGUUGUAAGGUGUUCACUUUUGUACUAUACACCGAUGUUGGCGAAGUCCGCACCUACGACUCGACGGGUGGCGAUAUUUUAGGAGAGCUAGAGACGGUGAUGGAAAGACUACGUCGUUUCCCCCAGGACUGGCAACGAUUUGGUCCGUCCUCUUAUAAGAAUAGCAAGACGAUCAGUAAACCGUCAAGGUGCAGGCGCCAGUCCAGCAUUGAACAACGGUCCGAGGCAUCGAAUGUACCAGAAGAAAGAGCUUUGUGCAGCGAGCCACCAAGCUUCGAUUUCAAAUCACUGCCCAUGUAUGCCGAUAUAGAACUCACAAGGAAUACGAGUGGAAUAGUACAGUAA